ACUUCUAUGUAUAUCUCUCUCUCUAUAUAUUAUAUACAUUACAUUCUCUUUCUAAUCCCCACUUUUCCCGCUUCUUCAAACUUCAAUCCCCACCUCUCUCUCUACUUUUUCACUAUUCACCUCCUCCUCCCAUGGCCUUAGCUGGCGGCCGGUUCACCGGGGGCGUCAUCUUUCUCAUAUUUCUGCAAAUUAUUCUCCGCCGUGGAGUCGUCCACGGAGACAGCUUUUACGAGCGGCAGAAGCCUAAGCAGUGGAACAACAAUAAUGGGUGUGAUUUUUACGAAGGGAGCUGGGUUUACGACGUGUCGUACCCACUUUACGACGCGUCGAACUGUCCCUUCAUCGGUGACGGCUUUAACUGCCAGAAGAAUGGUCGCCCGGACUCCGAAUACCUCAAGUUCCGGUGGCAGCCCCGCCGCUGUGACCUCCCCAGAUUCAAUGGUGAAGAUUUGCUAGAGAGAUACAGAGGGAAGAAGAUAAUGGUAGUGGGUGAUUCAUUGAGUAAUAACAUGUGGCAGUCAUUAACAUGCAUGCUACACACUGCUGUCCCAAAUUCCAAUUAUACCCUUACCACUCACAACUCUCUCUCGACCUUUUUCUUUCCUGAAUAUGAGACAUCAGUAAUGUAUUUGAAAAAUGGGUUUCUAGUGGAUUUAGUGAAAGAGAAAAUAGGGAAAGUGCUAAAAUUGGAGUCCAUUAGUAGAGGAGAUGAGUGGAAAAACGUUGACUUGAUGAUUUUCAACACUUAUCAUUGGUGGACUCACACUGGCCAUUAUAAAACAUGGGAUUUCUUCCAAGUAGGAGACAAAUUGGUGAAAGAAAUGGAUAGAAUGGAAGCUUUCAAGAUUGGUUUGACAACUUGGGGUAAAUGGCUUGAUUCCAAUAUCAAUCCUUCAAACACCAUUGUUUUCUUCCAAGGUGUUUCUGCCGUUCAUAUUGAUGGAAAUGAUUGGGGAGAGGCAUCGACAAAGAAUUGUCAAGGAGAGAAGCAACCGAUAAAAGGAUCAAGAUAUCCAGGGCCAAGUCUCGAAGGAGAAGCCAUAGCGAAGAAUGUACUAAGCGACAUUGUGACGCCAGUCUAUUUACUUGAUGUCACAUUGUUGACUCAACUUAGAAAAGAUGGACAUCCUUCCAACUACACUACUUCCAAUAAUUCUACCCCUCUUCUUGAUUGUAGCCAUUGGUGUCUCGCGGGUGUUCCUGAUACUUGGAAUCUUAUCCUUUUUGCUACUUUGUUUCAAAAUUGACCUUUUUUUUUAUAUUAUUGUUUUUACUUCUAUGAUGGGAUGUUUGAUAAUUAUUUAUUCAUGUAUUGUUAAUCUAUCUAGAGUAAAUGAUUAUCUUAUUUGUUUCAAACUCUA